AUGCAAGGCGAAUCCGAGGGCAUUGCGUCUAUCAUGCCGGGCGAUGCAGAUAUCGACCUUGAGAUGACGAUCGAUGAGGCGACCUACGCGAUCCUCACCCUAGAGGUUCCGCCCGAAUAUUUCAACCCUGAUCUUGCCACGUUCUUCGCUGAACGCACUACAUACAAUGCUGUAUUGGCAUCUUCCAGAACGCUUGACCAGACCUAG